AUGAGCCCCACGAGCACCCGAGUAAAUAGUUCCGACCCGAAGGGCGAAGCCGCGCCGCGGACUCAGCGCCGCAGACUCAGCCCCCGGCCAGAGGCGCCGGGCCACGCCGCGGUCACGUGGCGCCGACCGCGCGCUCGCCCGAGGGCUGCGCCGGAUCUAGCUUCGCCCGACUUCCGCCGUGGCUCUGCGGGACAGCGCGUGGCGGGCGCCGUCCUGCUGUGGGGCCCCCGGGAGCCGUUUGGAGCAAGGAAACUGCACCAAACAGCACCUCUGCUCACAGAUCUUGGAGAACACAGCCGCAAUCACCAGGAAACUGCACCAUCCGGGACUUCUGCUCACAGAUCUCGGAGGACAGAGCUGCAGUUACCAGGGGACCACACCACAGUCAUGCCUCGAGGUCAAAAGAGUAAGCUCCGUGCCCGAGAGAGACGCCGAGAGAGACGCCUUCAGGCUCAGGAUGGGACCCCGGGUCUUCAGGGCACUGGUGCAGAAGCAGAAGAGACCCCCACCUGCUCCUCUGUUGUUUCUGAGGAGGAUCUUUCCACCUCUUGUGCCGCUGCCAUGGCCUCAAAGCCCAAAAAGGCCCCUAGUGCUAGCUUCUCUGAGGCAGGUGCUGCAGGCGCCAAAUCAAAUGAAGGUGCCAAGAGCAUAGGGAACAAAAGUGCACACCCCUCUGGGAAAGGGGCCGCCAUUCCAAACAGGCGGCGCAGAGAUCCUAUUUCUAGGAAGGCAGGGAUGUUGAUAAAUUACCUGUUAGAGAAAUACAAAAUGCAAGAGCCCAUUUUGAAGGAAGACAUGCUGAAGAUUGUCAAACGGAAGUAUAGUGGGCAUUUCCCUGAGAUCCUAAGGAGAGCGUCCGAGCGCAUGGAGCUGGUCUUUGGUCUUUAUUUGAAGGAAGUCAAGCCUGGUGGGCAUUCCUUUUCCCUUGUUAGUGAGCCAGAUUUCAGCAGUGAUGGCUAUCAUAGCAGUAGCAGAGACCAUGCUAAAAAUGGGCUUCUGAUGCCUGUCCUGGGGGUGAUCUUCCUGAAUGGCAACCUCAUCUCUGAGAAGGAUAUGUGGGAAUUCCUGAAUGUCUUGGGGAUCUAUGAAGGGAGAUUCCAUUUAGUGUUUGGGGAUGUCAAGAAGCUCCUUACCCAAGAUUUAGUGAAGGAGCAGUACCUGUUGUACCGCCAGCUACCCCAUAGUGAUCCUCCAAGCUAUGUGUUUCUGUGGGGUCCAAGAGCCCGAGCUGAAAUCAGCAAGAUGAAAGUCCUUACGUUUUUGGCCAGGGUCAAUGGUACCUGCCUAUGUGCCUUCCCAGAGCAAUAUGAGGAGGCUCUGAAGGAAGAGAGAGAGAGAGCUGCAGCCAGCAGAUCCUUUCCAUAG